UACAAACUUGUGGAGGCCUAAUCAAGGUUGGACCUCCUUCUCAGUAGUACCUUUACAUCUACCAUUCACAAAAAUAUUCUAUCAAAUAUGGUGAUCGCAGUACUCAUCUUUGUCGUAGGCGGAGCCAUUCACGUAGGAGUAAGGCAGUAUAAUAAACGUCAGGCAAAGAAGCAUGGCUAUGAUACAAUAUUGGAACACGAUACUUUAUGGAGACCACUCAAUAAAAAAGGUGGCAAACGAAUCACCAAAAGAGAAGCACGCUUAUUGGCAAAAGCAAACCAAAGUGCAUUUACGGAAGAUGUAGUCGUCACCGAUGACACUCCUCCGCCUUAUAUUGAUUAUUCGAUUGAAGCAAGCCCAAAGUAUUCUGCAAAGAAGGGUGGCAAUCAAAUUGCUCGUGCUCAUUAAACCCACACGCAAAAUGCUCACGAAAUAUCUUGCGCCUUCCGCUCUUUCCUGCGGCACCGUCUUCUAGUAAUGAAUCGUGUGAUUAGGAGCUCAAGUGUCAUUUGACAGGGAUACCCCUACUUCUACGGAAGAAAUACGAGCCGGC